AUGAAGACUGAUUUUAAAGUUGCGUUUUUGAUCUUGGCUGUGUUCUGUCAGCUCUGCUGUGUCGAUGGUUGGUGGUCUAGUAGACGAAGCUCUUCGAGAAGGUUUGCACUUCGAUCUCUAUCUCUCUCACUAUAAUUUGUAUUUCGUGCAUUACUGCUGGGAAAUGUCUGGCAGUACCAGCAGUAUCGCUACCAGGAAGUUUUUAACAAAAUAUCUUCGCAGGAAAGUUUCUCUCAUCUUAUAUACUCCGGGAUGCCACAUAUAUUUACUGAUUGUUCAAAAGCGUUUCAAGUGUGUCUUAUGCCGGGAUUGAAGUUUAUCACAUGCAAUGUGCAGCACCAUAUAUGUUCUCUGAAAUCUAUAUCACAUAUGCCGAUAUGCGGGAAAGUUUUAUAUUUGACUUACACAGAAAAUUUUUAUUUUUGGAUUUUGUUGCCAGGAAGAAAAAUAUAUUUUCUAGACCUGCUUCCAUGUACCCAAUUUCUUAACUAUACAUUAUGCAGUCUGUUGCACCCAUAACUAAAGCUAUACUGGCUUGUCAAAUACUUGUCCUGUAUCAUUUUACCACUGCAAAGCUUGUCUAAAGUCUUGACAAACCAUCGUUGUCCUUCCGCAUUUACUGCCAUUUACUUUAACCCAAUCUUCGAUCGUGUUUGUAUCUUCAGUGUUUUUGCCACCACCGUGUGGUAAUUUCCCGAACCAUUUCAGGAAGCAAAAAAACUGUUGGCUUUUUUUAUACAUACGACAUCCGACGGAUUGUUUCCAUCUAAAACAGAACAUCUUAAUGGCUUUCUAAGUUUUCAUCAGAAAAUUAAAAAUUAAUCUUCAGCUAGUUGCCAAGAGCCCAAACUUGUUGCCUUCGUUCAGUUAACGUGAACUGUAAACUCUCAGUUUGUACAGGCAUUUAAUUUCUAUUCAAAUAUUGAUUUAAGUUUACCUAUAUGUAUUAUUUGUAACUCUCUUCAGCAACCAGGGUAUAGUUUAGUAUAUUUUGGAAAUAUAUGUUGAAAAGGGCCCAUGCAGGGAGUUGGGAGCCAACUAUAGUGGGGCCUGGGGCCAAAUGGUCCCCAGUAAAAUAUGGCUUGCACGGAGUUCAUCCAUAUUUUCAUGUACUAACGAUGAUCUAAAUCAUUGAAAUGAAUUCGAAUACUUUGCUUGAGUAUUAUACAUGUAUGUGUAUUAUUUUUUCUUCUAUAGACCUGCUCCUAGUGUCAGGAGACCAAGUGUACGAAAACGUAAGUGUGCACUCACCCAAACAAUCGGUUCAUAGGAAUUAAUAGGCAAUUUAUAGGUAUUGCCUUAUGGGGCACCUGCAAUCGCGUGCAAAAAUUGUUGAGACAAGCAGUUUAUUGGCCUUCUCCCUCCUGUAACAAUGGUUCUUGCCCCCCCUUGUACAAUGUUGUUAAAACGAUUUUGAGGUCAGGGCUUAUCAAAUAAUGUUUUCAGCAUUGUUAAUGGUGGGAGGGGGGCACGCACGUGAAAAAGAUCACCAAAAUGUGAAGAGUCUCAUUAUUUUUGCACGCGAUUGUAGGUAAAUUGCUACUUUUUAUCCUCACGAAAUUUAUAGUUGGUCAAAAUAUUGGGUUGGUUGACCUGUACAUUUGUAUGUGAUAAAUAAUGGUAAUUAAACUGAGUGGAGUGCAAUUUGGUCCGAAAUCAAACGCGUGUUGCACAAUUAUUUCGGUCAAGCCUUCCGAAAUCAGAAAUGCAAACAUAAAAAGCAUGUCUGAUUUAAUCAUUAGAUUUUUUAAUCACUUUAUUUUCUUUAUAGCAACGUGUGCUCUAACAAAUUACCAAGGAAGUGAGUUCACUGGUAAAACACCUCGAGUUCACACUGGAUUCUUGGGCAAUAUGCGAACCAUCAACAGUUACGCACAGCAGUGUAAAGUCAGG